AUCUCUACCACCACCAAUUGCUUAAAGGCUAGAUUUCAGGGAAUCACAGCUGAUCACAUGGGACAGGUACACUGAUCAUCAUGGCACUGAUGAUCAGUGUGCCCUGAUGAUCAGUGUGGCCCCAGAAGUGCCACCAGUCAGUGUCCAUCAGUGCCAGCUGUCAGUGCUGAACAGUGCCACCUGCCAGUGCCCAUCAGUGCCACAUCAAUGCCACAUAUCAGUGCCUACCAGUGCACAUCAGUGCCCAUCUGAGCUGCCUUUCAGUGUCACCCAUCAGUGCCAGUCAGUACCACCUAUCAAUGCCAAUCAGUGCCGCCUAUCAGUGCCAGUCAGUGCCGCCUAUCAGUGCCAGUCAGUGCUGCCUUUCAGUGCCCAUCAGUGAUGCCUGUCAAUGCCCAUCAGUGCCACCUACCAGUGCCUCCUCAUCAGUGCCCAUCAGUGCCACCUAUUAGUGUCCAUCAGUGCAUCUUAUCACUGGACAUCACUACAGCCUCAUUAGCGCACAUCAGUGAAGGAGAAAAAUCACUUAUUUACAAAAUUUUAUAACACAAACUAAGAAAAAACAUUUUUUUUUCAAAAUUUUCAGUGGUUUUUGGUUUGUUUAAGAAAAAAUUA